CUUGGAAUCAGAUUGUUGUGUGUAAAGACUGCUGCUGCAAAGAAGAGCCCCUCCGAAAAAUUUGAACAUCUAUUGUACGGUUGUUGAAAGUGUUCAUGGAUAAGACUAUGUGUGGAGCUCCGGUGGAUUUAUCUUUCAGAAGUCUCAGCAGAUUGACAGGUUUUGAUCGUCAUCAUGGUUUCUCUAAAUAUGCUUGGACAGAGACUCCUCGCAGCAGUCUCCGACCUUUAAAAAAAAAUCCAGAAAGCAAAUAUCUUAGCCGCGCCCUCCGUCUCAGUAACAACAGCAUUAUGGACCUGUGUGACCUCCAUCAGACAGUGAGCCACUUCCUGGCUGAACCCUCAAGUCUCGCCUGGCUGGAUCUCUCCUUCAACAAACUCUCACAUAUAGACAAGGUUUUGUGCGAGUUGCAUGGACUCCGUGUGUUAUAUCUUCAUGGGAACAAUAUUUCUACUCUGUCAGAGGUGGACAGGUUGGCUGUGCUCCCCCAUCUUCACUCCGUCACUCUACAUGGAAACCCUAUAGAGACAAACAAGACUUACAGGAAUCGUGUGAUUUCUGCAUUGCCACAGUUAAAGACGAUGGACUUCAGUGCCGUGACACAGCAGGAGCGAGUCCUGGCAAAGCUGUGGCAUCAAAGCAACUCCCGCUGCAGAAGCAGCAGGAAGAGCCUUCACUGAAUGCUAGUGUGUGAGAAUCACAACUCGAUUCAAAAGCUUCACUGCAAGAAAACAGAUUUUUAAAUAUGCACGUUUGCCACCAGUAUUUGAACUGAAAUUAGUGUUGUUAUAAUUAUUUUUUGCAAUUUAAUGUCACAAUUUGAUGUUUCUGUGCUGGAAAUAGAAAAAUAAAUAACUGAAAUUUAGUUUUUUUGUUGUUUGAGAACAUCAGUGAAACCUACUUGUUUCACAUUUUAGCCCGUAUUAACUAGCAAUUUUUCAAAUCUAAUCAUGGCAUGGAAUAUAAGUUUAGAAAAUUAUGAAGUUUAAGUUCAAGCAACUCAAGGUGAUCAAUCAAACGUCUCUGAACUUACAGGUGCAUCUCACCUGUAAGUUGAAUAAUAUUGAACAGUUAUGCUAUGUCAACAAUUCAAAUGUAAACCUGAAAUAUUUAAUGACUUAUUACAUACACAGUGUUACAUUUUUAAGUGUUUAUUUCUAAAAAAAAAUAAAAAAAAAUGAUUAUGGAUUACAAGUAAUGAAACCCCAGCGUUCAGUUCCCCACAUAAUUAAGAGAUCAUGCAAGACCAAUAAAGAUAUAUUACAUAAAAAUAUUAUGUCUGACAAAAUCAUUGGAAAGGCAGCCUGCUUGACAGCAGAGAGUUAUUGAGCCUCUCCACAGUGAGGUUGAAACACAAAGAGCUAAGAGUCACCGCAAGUCAUUUACAGUCCAUGUUCUGGUACAGAACAAUCCGGAACAUGGACUAUGACUUUUGUAUUCCUGGUUUUAAACCCCUGCUGCACCAGAGACAUCAGAAAUAUAUUGCAUGGACUAAGAAGGAAAAGAAGGAAAUUUUUGUUUAGUGGACCAGUUUGCUUGACGGACAAGCAAAUUCUCCUGAUAUAAACUCACAAACAAUCCAUGAGGAAUUAUCGAAGAGACAGAACUUGGGGUUUUUAUUAGCCUUAGGCCAUAAUCAUCAAAUUCUAAAUCCUAGAAAUAUAUCAAUAUAUGUAUACAAUGUCAUAAUUACUUUUUGAAUGACAGAAAUAAAGUAACAUUUCAAUGUUAUGCUACUAUAUGAACCUGUAGAAAUGUUUGAUUCUUGCUGUAAAUUAUCUGUUAAAACUCUGUAACAUCACUAAAUAAACUACUUCUCAGAACAUGUCACUACAAUAAGACACAACUGUUUUCUUGAAACUUUUUAAUGAACUGAUUAAACCAAAAAAAAAAUAUAUAUUUUUAACUUUUUGGUACUAGCCUAGGAUAGUACAAACAUACAGUCUUCCAUGUAUUAUACAUUUAAGUAACAGAAAAAAAAAAUGCCAAGAAUUCAUUGCAUAACAAAAGCUCUAAUCAGUUGUGCGGUAUAAAUAGUCUUGCAGGCUCCCUUUAGCGACUUGAGAUCAUCUCAUGUUGCGCCCUCCCUUAAAGAGCACAUGUACAGUUAGAAACAAAAACAUAAAUAAUCGGCAAAAAGUCUGAGGUUAUUUAAUCUCCUUGGGUAUAUAGAUCAACACUCUUCCAUGCUGCAACAAGUUAGUUUCUGAUUAAUAUGAAAACCCCAAACCGGGAAAAAAAAAAAAAAAAAAAAAAGCUAAGUAAAAAGCUAACAAUCGCAGACCUGAAAAGCAUUUUUGUUUCAUAAAAAACUGUCAUCCCACAGGGCCUUCAUACGAUCCACCAGCUACAGAUGUAGUCGAUCGGAAAAUUCUGUACAAAGGUAACGAUCUUAGGGCGAGCCUUUGCAUCCUCCACAGGCCACUUGCGUCACCCUCGAUUUUCUAACCCUGUCGUUUAAAAUGUUAAGUUCGUGCCCAAUUCAUCAGGAGGACAGGAUUCUUGAACAUCUCCUUCUGUAAACUAGUGCGUUAAGCUCAAACAUUUCAGGAGAUCCAACUAGCCCACGCCUCCGCUUGUGUUUUAAUCCUUAUCCUCCGGAAAUGAACUGGUUAAUCAUGAUAUGGUCAGGUGAAAGACAGAUUAAACCAUCAGGAGCUGAAAUGAAAACUGAAACUAAAGUUGUUUUUUCUUGAUUCAGAAUGACACCAGAUGAGCUGCAUGUAUUCAGCACUCCUGCUGUUCAAUGCAGGGUGAAACAACAGCUUAACUUCUCAGGGGAGAAAUAUGCUAAUUACUCUUUUCAAGCUGGAUUUGACUUUUUUUUUUUUUUUUUUUACUUUUUAGAGAAAAC